AUGAGAAAGAAGAGGAAAGGAAGUGAAACUGAUGCAUCUCCGGAGGUAACCAACAAAUUUGCUUCGGCAUGUGAUUAUAUUAGGUCCCAUUUUUCAUUAGAAGAUUUUUCAAGGAUAAAGAAGAGGUGCAAAGAAGAUGUGGAUACACCUCCUGUUGGUUCAUGUAAAAGUAGACUCGCUGGCAUUGCUACUGGCCCGCCUUGCGGUGCGUCCUCAUUGGUGCCUCUAGGUAGAGGUCUUAAGAGGAAGAUGGGUUGCAUUGAGGUGAUUACACGGAUCAGUGGGACGAAAAAGGUUCAGGAUGAUUAUGUUAAAGGUAAUACGAUCGAGCAGGGGAAAUUCAGGUCAAUUUGGUUGUGUAGGUCUAGAACUAGUGGAGUAGAGUUUGCUUGUAAAACCUUGCUUAGGGGAGAAGAGACAGUUCACAGAGAGGUGGAGAUAAUGCAGCAUUUAUCUGGUCAUCCUGGGUUUGUGACUUUGCAGGUGCUGUAUGAGGAGCCGGACUGCUUUUAUCUCGUAAUAGAUUUGUGCUUUUGA